GACCAAAUAACUAAUGCAGAUAUUAAGAGUUAUAUUUGUUUGUUUGUUUGUUUCAAAUUCUUGGCAGGUGUGUCCAACAAGGAGAAUGGAGAAGGCUGUCCUACUCAAUCAUACUUCUUCAGUAACCUACUUUCGGCUUAGGGGUUUAUCUUUAAAUCUGAAGGUGCAAGUUGCUAUAUCUUCCAUGUUCUUUAUUUUCUAUGUCCUGACACUGAUCAGCAACACCCUUAUUGUCAUAACUAUAGUCUAUGACCGCCGACUUCAUACCCCCAUGUAUUUCUUCCUCAGCCAUCUGUCCUUCAUUGAUGUCUGCCACUCCACUGUCACUAUCCCCAAGAUGCUGAGAGACACCUGGUCAGAGGAGAAGCUCAUCUCCUUCAAUGCCUGUGUGACCCAAAUGUUCUUCCUACACCUCUUUGCCUGCACAGAGAUCUUCCUCCUCACUGUCAUGGCCUAUGAUCGGUACAUGGCCAUUUGUAGACCUCUGCAGUACAUGACAGUGAUGAACUGGAAGGUAUGUGUGCUGCUGGCUCUGGCCCUCUGGGUAGGGGGUACCAUCCACUCCAUAUCCCUGACCUCACUCACCAUCAAACUGCCCUACUGUGGUCCUGAUGAGAUUGACAACUUCUUCUGUGAUGUGCCUCAGGUGAUCAAGCUGGGCUGCACUGACACCUACACCAUCGAGAUCCUCAUUGUCUCCAACAGUGGGCUGAUCUCUGUGGUCUGCUUUGUGGUCCUUGUUGUGUCCUAUGCAGUGAUCCUGGUGAAUCUGAGACAGCAGAUCUUGGAGGGCAGGCGGAAAGCCCUGUCCACCUGUGCAGCCCACCUCACCGUGGUCACACUCUUCUUGGGACAUUGCAUCUUCAUCUAUUCCCGUCCAUCCACCAGCCUCCCAGAGGACAAGGUGGUGUCUGUGUUUUUCACUGCUGUCACCCCUCUGUUGAAUCCCAUCAUUUACACCCUUAGGAAUGAGGACAUGAAGAAUGCUUUGAACAAGUUAGUGGGGAAGGAGGAGAGGAAAGGAGAAAAAUGAAAAUGUCAAACCCCUUAGGAUGGUUGGUGCUCCAAAUCAAAGAAAUGCCUGGCAAAUAAGUUAUAUA